AUGGGCUCUGUGUCUGUGUCUGCCUCUGCCUCCGCCUCCGCCAUCAUCUGGCAGAACAAUGAGCAGGACGUGACGGUUUUGGACCUCCCACGCUCAAUCUCCGCCGCUCAGGGAGAUUCUGCAUACCCCUUCACACGCAUCCUACGCUCAUCUCAGCCGCCGGAGACGCCAUUCGGGACGCAUGAGCCAGGCUCGGAGAAAGCGAGGGCGAAGCUGUGUGGUAACACUGUUGAUGAGACCCUGCAUGCAGAGUACCAACACCUUCUCCAUCACGCGUUAAUGCAAGUUCGUGAGCACCACAAGCACGCCUGGUGCCAUCCAAGGCCCUUUGUACACGAUAACGACCAUUCUAGACCUACGAAGAAGCGCAAACUCAGCAGCGGAGUUGGUGAUUCUGUUGUCUCCAAUAAUGCAGUCCUUGCCAAUUCCGCGAAUGCCCAUCUGCUUCCUGCUUUCCUGGCAAGCAUCACGAAUCUGAAAGCUGGCAAUUUUGCUUCUCGUGUGUGCGCUGAGUCUGGACUUUGCACGCAGGUAGUCAGUCACCGCCAUGGGGAGCGUGCAUUUUGCUGGACUUCUCCUUCGCCAGCUGAACUGGAGAUUACCUUGGACGACGACACGCGCAAUUUUCGGAUCCCCCCAGGCUCGACAGCGUUCCUGGGAGACUGCUCGGAAGCCAGACUCUUUCACAAUGAGCUCCGAAAUCAAGCCCAUGAGAAUGAUACUCGAAGGCAUUUCGACUUCAUCUUGCUCGAUCCACCCUGGCCCAAUCGGUCUGUCAAGCGUUCCCGAAAGACUCCUGGCACUACUUACCGCACCUGUUCAACUCUCGAUGAGGUAUGUAAUCUACUAGCGAGCAUGGACCUCGAUAUGCUGAUGGCGGAUGACUGCCUGGUGGGCAUAUGGAUCACGAACAAGGCCUCCAUUCGUGAUCUGGUCCUCAAUGAAGAGUAUGGCCUAUUUGCGACCUGGGGUAUCAAACUUGAAGAGGAGUGGCUCUGGCUAAAGACGUCCAUUUCUGGCGAACCCAUUACACCGCUGGAGUCGGUUUGGCGCAAACCAUACGAGGUCCUGCUCCUCGGACGAAAGCAGCGGCGUGGCAUGGUAGACCAUGCGACAGUGACCCUUUCUAACCAGCUAUGCGAACGAAGAGUCCUUAUCAGCGUGCCAGACUUGCAUUCGCGGAAGCCAUGUCUAAAGCAGCUGAUAGAGCCAUUCAUGACCGAUCUCGAGAACUAUAGAGCGUUAGAAGUCUUCGCACGGCAUCUGGUCGCUGGCUGGUGGAGUUGGGGCAGUGAGUGCCUGAGAUUCAAUUGGGACGGGUGCUGGUGCAAGCAUGACUUCGGCGCAUAG